AUGGGUGUCAUCGCCAUUAGCUACUCCUGCAUCGCACCCGUCGUUCUCGGCUUUGCCACCGUCGGCCUGUACCUCAUCUACCUUGUUUACAAGUAUAACCUCCUUUACGUCAGCGACUCCUCCAUCGACACCCGCGGUCUCGUCUAUCCUCGUGCACUGAUGCACCUCCUUGUCGGUCUUUACCUCGCAACAAUCUGUCUCAUCGGCCUAUUUGCCCUGCGCUCGGCGUAUCCUCCCAUGGUUCUUAUGAUUGGUUUCCUCAUCUUCACGGCUCUAGUGCACGUCUCCCUCCGAGAAGCAGUCUCUCCGCUGCUAUACAACAUCCCGCGCGCUCUGGCUUUGGAGAUGGAAGAGCUGGACGGCGGGCCUAUGGUGGAUUAUCCCCAAGAUGAUUUCCUUACCGAUGCUGAUAUAACGGCCUCGUAUCCCGACUUCUUCGACCACAUCGACGAGGACGAAGGACCUGCCCAUCAAGUCAAUGGAAGUCGAGCCGUAGAAGGUGCCAGUGGUCUAAUGGCCUCCGUCAGUGAAUGGUCUGCCGGCGCUCUUGCCAAGAAGCUCCAAGCGACGGUUGAGAAUUGGGGGAUGGCUGGUCCGAUCAGCUAUGUCUCGCAUUGGGUAUCUCCAAACCCUUCCAUCGAGCCCAACAUGCUCCUGCGAUUUCUUCAUCCGGGCAUUUUUGACGACUUUUCUACGCUUCGACGCAUGAUCCCCGGCGAUCUUCCGGACCCUACGCAGACGUACCCAGCCGACUACGCUCGCCGUGCCUACUGGCCGCCCGAGAUGGCGUCGCCGGCUCCAAUUAUAUGGAUUCCAAGAGAUCCGGCCGGUGUGAGCAAGCAGGAAGUGGAGCAUUGUCGGAAGGUUGUCGGGUGCUCGGAUGAGGGUGCCGAGCUCAAUGAGAAAUGUCGCAUAGAAGUUGAGGUUGAGAAGGCACCCUUUUGGGUGCCUCGUGUGUUGUAUUAG